AAUUUGACUUUAGAGAAGCGAAGGCAGGACGAAACGCAAAAAGAAAGCGUGGAGAGAGCGGUGUGCGGAACAAUUCUAUAUGAACUGUGGUGUCUUAAUCUCGCACACAGAAAAGACGAUAGUUAGCCUCCACUUUCCCCUGAAAAAACGAAAGGGUUUUUAAAGCAACAGCAAUAGCAGAGAAGCAUUGUGUGAGAUCAAAGUGGUAUCAAAAAACGGAAAAUACUCUGAGCUAAGCUGUACGUUCACUUUUGCUUUUGUUUUUAACAAUAAAAGGAAAUUCUGGUAUCAAAACCUUUAUUUCUGGUUCUAGCAAAACGGGUAAGCUGAAAGCUUGGCUUUUUCUAGUAUGUAUCUGCUACUGUGGCUGUUUCCACAAAAAACUUACAUAAAGCACUGGUCUUUACUCUCGCUUGAGUCGCUUCGUUGGUUUUCUGAGACCAUAUGUUUCUUCUUCUUCAUCUUCUUACUCCGUAGAUUUGUGCAUGUGAGGUGGGUUCACCUUAUUUUUCAAGUUUAUAUAAUUUCUCGAAGCAGAUUGGAGGUUACAUUUCUUGGGUGAUCAUUCCAAUGACGCUUCUCCCUCAAUGCAUAUGAAAAAGCUCCUUUUUUUGUUCUUCAAGGGUUGAUGUAAAUUUCAAGUCUUGGGUUUCGUCGAGUUUUACUUGGAGAGUUGUUAUUGCCUAUCGGGUUACGUUCUUGAAAAUAGCAAGGAGCUAGAGAACCAAGAUUGUGUUUUUUAAUAAAUUCUGGGUUACCCGUAUUUUAAAAACUGAAAUUUUUCCGUUUGAUGAAAUAAUUCUUUGGGGUUGCCUCAGAUUUUGUUUUUUGCUGAAGUUUGGUUCUUUCUUCUUAUAUGGCUAUCCAAUUCCUGUUUUUCUCAUUUUCUUAUCUACUUUUUUAAAACGUAGUAUUUUAAUUUUGCAAAAUCUGUGGGGACUGGGGAGAUUCCUGUUGCCUUCUGUUGUGGCGGUUUCUUAAACUUUGAACACCAAGAUGCUGUUUUCCAUUGCAGGUGCUUUCAAUGCUUAUAUGUAUUUUAAAAUAAACGCACAAAUCACGCUGGAUAUAUACAUGUGAUUUCUAUGUGAGGUGGAUCUUUGGAACUUUAUACCACCAAUUGCAGUUAUAGGUUGAGUCAUAUUAGAGUAUAGACUGAAUGUUCCACGGAAGAGAAUAAUCUUAGAGCUUGCAAAUAUGAAGUUCAUGAAACUUGGAUCCAAACCUGACUGCUUUGAAUCAGAAGGAAAUAACACGAGAUAUGUUGCUUCUGAGUUGGCCUCAGACAUCGUUAUUUUCGUAGGAGAUGUGAAGUUUUACUUGCAUAAGUUCCCUCUUCUCUCCAAGAGUGCUCGAUUGCAAAAAGUGGUUACAAACUCAAACGAGGGGCCUGGCAAUGAGGUUUAUAUCCAUGACAUCCCAGGUGGGCCCACCGCAUUCGAAAUAUGCGCCAAAUUCUGUUACGGUGUGACCGUCACGCUGAACGCCCACAACGUGAUAUCAUCUCGUUGUGCUGCUGAAUAUCUGGAAAUGAACGAAGAUGUCGAAAAAGGAAAUCUUAUUUACAAGAUUGACAUUUUCUUGAACUCAAGCAUUCUCAAAAGCUGGAAAGAUUCCAUUAUUUGCCUCCAGACUACAAACUCUCACCUACCCAUGUCCGAGGAGCUGAAGUUGGUCAGCCAUUGCAUUGAAGCUAUAGCUUCCAAGGCAUCUACUGAUCCUUCAAAGGUGGAUUGGUCCUAUAUGUAUAACAGGGAAAAGAUUGAUUCUUUAAGAGCCCGCAGGAUGGUGCCGAAGGAUUGGUGGGUUGAUGACUUGUGUGAACUUGAAGUGGACCUAUAUGAGCGCGUUAUAAAUUCUAUCAAGAACAAAGGGAUCAUUUCUGAUAAAGUCAUUGGAGAAGCUCUGAAAGCUUAUGCUUCAAGAAGGCUCCAGAAGAAUAAUGGUGAUGCUCAGUCGAUUUUGGACACCAUAGUGUGGCUUCUACCUGCUAAGAAAGGUAGUGUGACUUGUGGGUUUAUGCUCAAAUUGCUGAAACUAUCCCUUUCACUUGAUGAUUCUGGCGGGCCAACUACUAGUAAACUGGUCAAAAGAAUCGCACAUCAACUCGAGGAGGCAUCCGUGAUUGAUCUUCUUUCUCUUCAGGCCUCAGACGUUGUGAAGGAAAUAGUAGAGGAGUUUAUGUUGCGUGGAAGUGGCCCAUUGGGAGAAACUGGGAACGAGAUAUAUGAAGUUGGAAAGUCGCCUGCCGGGUUUUUAUCAGAAGCUUCCAAAGUGAGGGUGACAAAGUUAAUAGAUGGGUACCUUGCUGGAAUUUCAGAAGAAGAUCCUAAUCUUCAAUUGACGACUUUUAUUGAGUUGGCUGAGAUGGCCUCUGAUUUUCCCCGCCCUUCUCAUGAUGGACUUUACCGUGCUAUUGACAUUUACCUCAAGAAACACCCGGGGAUGAGCAAGAGCGAGCGAAAGAGAAUAUGCAAACUGAUGGACUGCAAAAAGCUGUCAGCAGAAGCCUGCAAGCAUGCUGUCCAGAACGAGAGACUUCCGAUGCGUGUGGUUGUGCAGGUUCUGUUUUUCGAGCAGGUGAGGGCAAAUUCGUCUUGUGGAUGCACAACUCCCGAUCAACCCAAAACUACUACCAACACCUCCUGCGGGGGGAGCUCAAGAUCCGUUGAGACAAGUAACACCGAAGAAGAAUGGGACACUGCUGGUAAUGAGCUUAAAGGCUUGAGAGUAAAAAAUGCGGGGCAAGCUGAUAACAAGGCCAAAAUGAAAGGGUUGUUGACGUCUAACCGGAUCUUCUCUAAAAUGUUGAGGUCAAGUAAACGUGGCGGUGUUGGACUGGGGGAGAACAGUGGGUCUGAUUCAUCUGAUAGUCUUGUCUCUUCCACUAACAUGGAUGAAGCAAAAUCAACACUUGUAAGAAGGGGUAGGCAUUCAGUUUCGUAGGGCAGUUCAUGAAUGAUCAACAACUAACUUUUUAGGAGGGUAUUCAGUUUUUUUUUGUUCUGGCAUGUGCAAGAAACUUGAUUUAGUUAGCUGUUGGAGGCUCCCUCCAAGUUUUCCAUUCAUUGUUUAACAGCUAAACUUUGAUGUACAAAGAGAUAUCCAACUUUUAGCUCUUCUGCCUUUGUUAUUAUACGUGAGAUCUAGCCCAGAACUGGAUGAGAAAAAAGAGAUAUCCUCAAGGUUCACCAAUUAC